CCGAGAAGUUCACUCUGUAGCAUAAAGUGAAACGAAUGAACUGUUCAUGUAGCCGAAGCAUCAUAUAAUAAUACAUUUAAGCAACAAUUGUAGUCGGGGAUGUAGAGAGUUGUGUUUAGUGGAGACAUCUGAGCAGGGUUACUGGAACCUAAUAGCGCGCAUUCAUUUAUUUAUUUUUACAAUAAAGCGUCUGUAUUCAAAAGUACAUAGUCUCACGUAAAAUACCUUUGCAACUUUGCUAAAUAACUUCUUUAGUAGACGGCCAGUAAUCGGAGGAGGCAUGAAAGAUGUUACCAAGCAACCCAUGGACUCCUGUACGCAACCGGCCCAGGACCAGCAGUGCUUCAGGGUGACUAUAUUAUUAAUAAGACAGGGAACCGCCUGCCCCUGGACAAGUGUCGUCCCGUAUAGACAUCGUGUAAUAGCAGAAUAAUGUCAGCGGCAAGUUCUUGGCUGCGGAUCCAAAACAGCCAACAUCGACGCAAAGUGUGUGAGUCUGAUAUCGGAAAACUGACCGGUAGUUUCAUUACACAAGCGCAGAAGCUUCACAGCGAGAAUUAUGGAAGAUUCUGAUGAGGACAUUGAGGGCCAGGACUUGUCCCACCCUCCGCGUACGGCGGUCCUGUGGGAGAAAAGCUUUGAGCAAAGCAUCUUUGUGGACCUGAGUGAGGAUGAAAGUCUCCACUUCAGCGACCUGGAGAGUUCCUUUCCUGUGCGUCUCACUCAGUCUGCCGGCUCUGAGGCCAGCCUCCAACUCAGUGGGAAUGCAGAGUUGUCAGCCCUGGAGGACUCCUCUUCUUCAGAAGGCAAUGGUUCCAGCAGUAAGGAUGCGGAGAAUGUCCUGAAGUCCAGGGGCAACAACAGUAUAAAGCAGGGGUCCCUUUCCAGACCCAGGAACAUACAAGCUGAACCUCCAUCCCCCCGGGACGAUGAAGACCUGGCGCAGAAUACAAGCGAUGAAGACCAAGAAGAUUUGCCCUUUGAUGGUGACUUGGGAAGCCCUUACUUUAACCACACGUCCAGCACUGAGAGCACUAUGAGCUCUGAGGGAAGGGAAACCCCACACGCAAGCUCUGAAUUGACCGGGCCAGUAGACGGCAGGGAGAACCAUGCUGCACAAAAUCAUUCUCUCAUUGAGAUGACCACUAAGGAACCAGACCUGAGAUCCCAAGAGCUGAGCGGUAAUCCAGCCAAGGCCCAUAGCAGUGCCACACCGGCCAACCUGGCCGCUCCCACGUGCAGUAGUCCUGUUCCUGUCGCCCAACAACCAGACAUCACCCAGCUUUUGUUGAGACACUUCUCCAGGGAGGAGCUCUGCUGCUCAGGUAAGCUGAUCGAAGCGGAAACCCUGCCAGAGGUGUCCCUCCUGGACAGCAUGGACGACACCCUGCUCAGCACGGCACUGAAAAACAACCCAGCAGGGAUUCCUAGGAAGCAUAAUCUAAGCAGGGGGAGCCCGACCGUGGAUAAUUAUACUAAUCAGGGUGCACCCGAAGGGAGUUGUGACAAGACUGCCGAUGAUGGGAGUGAUUCAGACAGUUUGAAGCAUGAUAAUAGUGUUACGGAGGACCUCUCCUCUGCUCCACGUAGCAACGCAUCAAACAGUAACUCUUCCGAACACCAGAGCGAGGAUCUGCGACUAAUGAGGAGGGAGACGGCUGUUGAAAGCGACAACGUUCCUCUGGUCCGUGCCCGCUCAUGCGGUGAGCUGAAGUACGGCCAGGGUCAGGUCCACUACCCGCUGCCCGACUUCUCAAAGGUGGCGCCCAAGGUGAAGAUCCCCAAAGGCCCCAGCGGAACCAACACCACCACCACCACCACCAACACCUCCACCAGGCCCCCAGCCCAGCCCCCCAGCACCAUGCACAGAGCCCAGUCAACCCCAGGCGUACUGGGGCUGGUAAGCCGGGUGCUGGAGGACUCGGACCAGGCUCCAAAGAGGCCCUUUGUGUUCCCAGACCAGGAGAAGCACACCACCAGCCCAGGGAUGGUGCAUCAUCUACAGGCGGAAUAUGAUAAACUGCUAACCAAAUACGCAGAAGCAGAGAAUAUGAUCGAUGAAAUGAGGCUAGGAAACAGACCUCAGACACCCAAUGAAGAUCUGCUCAGGUUUGACAGUGUGAAUUAUCAGGGACACCAAGGGAGUCAUUUUGAAUCCUCCGUACCUCCUCUUUCUCCUCCAGCAGUACAAUUUAGUGAGGAGCUUGUGCACAGGAGCACCAUUGAGCUGCUGAAUCAAGAGUCAUUCAACCAGCCUAGUGAACAAGAUCCUACUGAUGGUGAAAGAAUGACCAAUGAGCUACGAGACAUUAUCAGUGAAUUCAUGAAAAAGGUGGAGGAAUUCAAAGUGAGCCUUAACAUUACCCCAGCCUUCAUCAGCCUUGAAGAUCAGCAAAUGAUGUUUAGGAGCAUGGUGGAAGCUCAGGAUCAGCUGGAGAGGAAAUACAUCAGCAAUAAGGAGGAGCACCGAGCUCUGGAGAUGCAGAACUACAUUGGUCUCCGCAGGAACACCGGCGUCUUUGACCCUGACAGGCUUGUAGAGGGAGACAUAUUCAGGAUAGGCAUGCGCUUGGAGGACAUUAAAGAGACCAUAGACAGAAAUGUGUGCAGCCAGCUCUCCCCUCCCCACUCAUCAUCCACACCCACGUCCAUGCCCCCUAUGCCAUCGCUGGCCGUGAAUCCCAGUCAUCCUCACCUUUCCGACACCUCACUCCCUUCAUCCCAGCAUAAGCAGCCAGGUGCCUGGUUCCCUCUCUCGGCCAAUGAGAUGUGGGGAGCGGCGGCAGAAGAAGAGGAGGAGCAAGAGGAGGAGGAGGAGGAGGCCAGUGAGGACCAGGGCGACAGUGAGCUGAAUCAAAGCAGAGAGAGCUCAGCGACUCUCUCCUCAGAAGACAGCAGCCCUCCACAGCGCUCCCAUACACAUCCCCACCGGUUACAGGAAUCUCUUGAGGGGCCGGACAUCACUGCUACUGCUGCUGCUGCUGCUGCUGCUGUUGACGAUGAUGAGGAGCAGAGAGUGGAGAGGAGCUGCAGCUUCUCAGAAAGGAAGGUUUCCGACAACGUCUCGGCCUGUGUGACUGAAACCACUUCCUCAUCAAGACAAACACAGUGGACGCCUGAAAGUCUUUUCACCCAGGACAGUACCCUGAGCGCGGGCAGUGAGCGGGAGCUGGCCGAUAGCAAUGGCCUGGCUGCUAAUGACAGUCAGGCUGCUAAUGAACGCCUAGAUGCUAGCUACAGCCUUGUUGCUAUUGAUAGCCUGGAUGCUAGCGAUAGCCUAGCUUCUAGUGAUAGCCCGGCGGUGGAGUGUUUCUCUUCCUCGAAUGCUUCAGAGACCCAAAGCUUAUGCCUAUCACAGAGGAUCGUCAGCCCAGAAACUGACAGUGGAUUUGGGAGCUCUGACCUGCUUCAACCAGGCGUAGGAAUAUACCAGUCAGAACUACUCGCACAGAGCGAUGCCGUUGUGGUGCAUCCUCACAGCGAUGGCCUGAGUGCCUCGGACAGCGAGGACUCCAGCUCCAACCUGCAGACCGCCGUCCCGUCCCCCGCCCCCGCAGAGCAACCCAGGUGGAGGAGCAGCCGGCCCGCCGCCGGCCAAUCAGACGCCCGCAAACACACCGACGCGCCCGGCUGUGGGGCGGCUACAGCGGUGGAGCGGUGGGUGGAGAGCACCGCCAAGGAGAGGCCAAUCAGGCGCCAGGAACAUCUCCGCCAGUUCCGUAGCAACCAGGUUAAGCACCACCUAUCAGAGCCCAGCCUCAGCACAGCCAUGCAGGCUCCCCUGGGAUUGGACCGACUGCACUCUUGCUCCUGCAACAGCGAGGCCCUGGUGGCCCUGCAAAGGGAGAUGUCCCAGCUGAAGAAGGACCUAGAGGAUGGUUUGGUCCAGCUCCCCCAUCUAGCUCAGAAGAUGGACUAUCUCACCUCUAAGUUCAACCUGGACCGCCAGUCCAAAACCCGACAAACCCGGAUAACCCACCACCGUGGGUUGAAGUCCUUGGGCAGCCGGUCCGAGGUAUGGGAGGAUGGGAGCCAGCCUGGCUCCAGUCGGUUGAGGUUAGAGGACUGGAUCUCAACGGACAUGGAGCAGAGCAAGAGUAAAGAUAGUGGUCAGGCAGAUGACUCCAAGGUGAUGCUGCAGUUCAACAAUGCACCAGUAGGGGACAGUAGAGGGAGCAGCAGUAGUCUCUACCUGUGUUCUGAGCUGCCCAGGGCACCACAAGGCAAAAGACAUGCCUACAGAGGGAAGGAGGUGAGGAGAGUGCACUCCAAAGAGAAGUUGUCUCCCCUGUCUCCUCCACCUCUCCACAAGCCGCUCCUCCAGGUCAACUACACCUCCUCCUGCAGCCUCCCGGCCAGUUAUAAAGUGGGAGAGGCGAUGCAGUCGUCAUCCAACCAGCGGAAGCGCUCCGUUCAAUCGGAUUCCGCACUGUUGCCCAGCAACGUGUUCUUCCAGCGCACGCCGUCGCCAGCGUUGGAGUAUCUGAGGACAGACAGAACGGCCCGACGCAGAGGGAGCAAGGAGGAAGAGAUGAACCGGACACUGGACCGGGCUAUUGAGGCGGCGCGCAGUAUGAAGAGGACCACUGACCGCAUGGCCAAGAGCCUCUCGGCAGACCUGGCUAAGGCUCAGCUCCAUAGGAGGCCGCAGCAUGCGCGGCCACUAGGGGGCAGAAGAGGGAACGCCCUGUGACACGGCGGGCUAUGAAUCACUUCGUCAAGUUGAACAACAGCUUAAGGGUAACCAUCAGGGUCGUUUUAUUCAAGUAAAAGAGUAAUGCUUUAUACGAGUCAACAUCAACAUCAACUCGGUUUCUGCAUGUUUUUCGCAAAACAAUUGGGCCCUUCUAACUCAUUGGAUUUGCUUUCUCCAUUGGUCCAAUUUGGAAUAAUGACUCAAUGGUCGAAACAGUGGAUGUUGCAGACCAUACUUUUUUCCCAACCCCAAUAUGAAGCAUUAUUCUCUUCUUCAGAGCGUUACAGGUCCCCUUUAGGAUAUAUCCCUGGAAUAGAAGUAAAAUGUGUAACAUUUACCUAUUGUUUUUUACCAUAUAGUAAUUUAUUUAAAUAUAUUUUGAUGUGCUUAUUAUAUGUGAUUAUUUUACCUGUUCUUAUUAAUUAAAUUUUGUAUUUAAUUUGCAGUUCUAAUGUUGUAUGUAUAAAAAAACAUCACAAUCGCAAUCACAUUACAAAUCAGAAAUCUUGAAAUAGAAAGGAAAUGCAUUUUAAUGUUGUUUCUUAAUAAAAAACCUUCAUACAGUCAUAAUGAAAGUG